AAACAUCAAAAAAAAUAAUAAAAAUUUUAAAUUUUUCUUAUAUUAGAUGAGUAUUAAUCUUUUACAUUUUAAAUGGAAAAAGAAGAUAAACGAACAGAGUGGGGACGCAAGUGCAGUCAAGGAUGCCUAAUUCCACAACGUGUUGUGGUCGCUUUGAUGGGAUUUUUAGCUUUAAUGUUUGCAUAUACAAAUCGUGUCUCAAUUUCUCACGUAAUCACCGAGCUUGUUGUGCCUAAGUCGCGUGUCAGUGUGAAUGGUACGAGCACCGGAGUGUGUCCGGGAGAAGCUAAAGUCACUAGUACGGGCGAAGCAGAUUACUCCAAAAGGUACAAAUGGUCUGAGGAGCUGCAAGGGUUUAUAUUAGGUAGCUUUUACAUUGGCUACUUAAUAACCCAUCUGCCCGGUGGCAUAUUAGCUGACCGAUUCGGAGCCAAAUGGGUCUUGGGCAUCUGUAUGUUAAUCUCCGCCAUUUGCACCCUUGCCACCCCCUUUGCCAUUACUGUUGGUCACCAAUGGGGCUUGGUAGCAGUGCGUAUUAUAAUGGGUCUGGCACAAGGACCUCUUUUUCCAUCUGUGACUACAUUACUCUCCCAUUGGGUACCUAAAAAGGAGCGGGGUACAUUGAGCACUAUCUGCUACAGCGGAGUGACCGCAGGUACGGUCGCUAGCAACCUUGGCUCCGGUUUCAUGCUUUAUUAUAUGCACUGGUCCGCAUGCCUCUAUAUUUUUGGUGCAGGCACUAUAUUAUGGGUACUACUAUUUCUCUUAAUAUGCUAUAGUAAUCCUUCAAAACAUCCCUGCAUUCGGUUGAAGGAGAAGGCAUAUCUAGAGGAAGAAAUACCAAUGAAAAAUGAUAAGCCGCCAAUACCCUGGAAGAAAAUGUUGCUUAAUGUUCCAUUGAUCGCAGCGAUUCUAGGUCAGAUAGGACAUGACUGGGGCUACUUUGUAAUGAUCACUUGCCUACCGAAGUUUAUGGCCGACGUUCUUGGCCUUUCCAUACGUUCCAAUGGCAUCAUGACCUCUCUCCCAUUCAUUGCGAUGUUUAUUAGCUCUAUUUGCUGUGGCAUUUUAUCCGAUUGGCUAGUACGCACGGGGAAAAUGUCGUUAAACUUAGAACGAAAACUAUUCAACUUUAUUGGUGCCUUGGGACCUGGAGCCUUAACAGUCAUAGCCUCUUAUUCAGGCUGCAACGACAAAGUGGUUGUUGUAGUGUUUGUGCUCGCCAUGUUUACAAUGGGUGGAUACUAUGCAGGCCAAAAAUUAUCUCCGAUGGAUAUGUCUCCUACUUUUUCAGGCACGCUGAACGCCAUAUGCAAUGGACUUGGCUCGUUGGCUGGCUUGGCCGCACCCCCUAUUGUCGGAUUGAUGACACCACAGGCUACAGAGAGUCAAUGGCAUGGAGUAUUUUGGUUGGGCUUAGUUAUAUUGGUUCUAUCGGGAAUCAUAUUUUGGAUAUGGGGUUCAGCUGAUGUACAGCCAUACGAUCCCAAUUACCAAUCGAAACAAGCUUAACCAAUAAAGAGUUAGUUCUCCAUGAAUACACAAAAUCAGAACCGUACAGACGAAGACCAAAAAGAAAAGAAUAAUACGUACCUAUCCAUGUACCUUUUUGAAUGUGCGUAUAA